UCGAAAACACUCUGAAGAUAUAGAAUCGCUUUGUGUGGAUAUGGACAUGCAUGCGAAUUUAUCCCAAAAGAAGAGUGAAUCGAUUGCCAAGCAAGUACCCACUCUGGCGUCAGGCGCUCUUUCAUCAUUUAAGGCUGCUAUUGGCGAUAAAGCUCCAGUAAAGUUCUUGACUCCUCGGCGGAUUGAGCAACCAAACCCUGAAGGACUAAAAAUCAUUUUAAAGCCAUUUUCAGCUCUAAAACUAGGAUCAUUGAAGCAAUUGGAAGGCUAUGAGUCAAUCACUGAUGCCAGUAUGAAUUUAACAGUCAGAGUUUUUGAUGAAGAUGAUGAUCCCUUUUUCAUUCACGAGGAAGCAAAAAACAUAGUGCUGACCCAAGCCAUCGGUACUUCGGGGAGACAUGAUUUGCAAAGAAUAUCACAUUUUGACUCGAUCUACGAAAAAUAACAUGCAGAGAAAACCAAGAAAAAGUCUGCUUUCAGAAAAUGAAAAUGAUAUAGGUAUAUAUAGAAUAGUCUCUG